GAGAGAGGAGAGGGGAGGAGGAGGAGGAGGAGGAGGAGGGAGAGGGAACUGUAACCCAGUCACAGCGUAUCCUUCUCACUGCACCGACGACGAGGGACAGCACAUCUCGUCGGCUCUAUCGUAACGGAUUACACCGUCUAUCCACCAACUGCAUCGGUGCCGGACAAAGCUUUUUCCUCCAAACGUUUGUAUUACUUUCGGACUUUUCGCUUUGAUCGACGGAUGCCAGUGUGUUCCGUUAAGUGAUUCGUUCAUUAGUGUAAAUCUUGGGGCUGACAGAUGCAUGGAGCUAAAGAGGACACCUUCACAGAAACGACCGAGCUGAAACCGGGACCCGAACUAAGACUCUCUAUUCUCUCUUUUGUGUCUUUUGUCCGCUUGACCAGACGUGGGCUUUUGAGUGUGGAGAACAGGAGUCAAAGGCUCGAUGGCCACCUGAACAAAAAAACUAAACGCAUAUUUCAACGGAUCUGUGCCACAAGUAAUAACACCGGUAGCGGCAGUUAGCCCCUUUUGCUGAUGUGAAAAGCUUCUAAUUCCACCGCGGUGUUGACAAAUAUCUUUUGGGCGAAACGGAAACCCCCAACAAGUUUCUGUUAUGAACAAGUGGAAUGCGUAUUGAUCCCACACCCAGUUCAGCCGGCGCCCUGAACAGGCUUUCUAAGAAGACGCUGGAAGAGGAUCACUGAGACUCAGCCAGUCUCUCUCAGCUCCUUUGGCAUCUGUUGACCCGCCUGUGGUGGAAGACUUUUGGGCUAAACAACCACCCUCUACCCACUUGGACAUGGGGGGGAACUAACCACUGCUCGGAUUGAAAUUUGGAUUGAAGCCUAAUCGCAUCUGGAUAUUUUGAUGUAGCUUCUUUAGUCCCCCUCUCUCUCUCUCCCUCUCUCUCUCUCCCUCUCUCUCUCUCUCUCCCUCUCUCUCUCUCUCUCUCUCUCUGACUGGGUAAACGCGUUGUAAACACUAUUUUCCCGGCCCUUUGUGGAACCAGAGCUGUGACAUCAACCCCCGUAGAGAUCCCCCUGUUGUUCUAGCAUGUGUCUGUGUUUUGAUUUGGACAAUAGCUGGGCAAACAUGGGGUCCAGACACUGAUGAGGGGACGACUCGAAACUCCCAAAUAAAAGGAUGCCUGCUACAGAAUGACUGAUACUGGCACGUUGGAACUUUUAAAGGGAGACUUCACAUUGAUGGUGUGAUUCACACACAGAGGUUAUCGAUUGUAAUCUUCCUUCUAUGACUUUUUGUGUGGAGUGGAUUGUUAAGGAUCUGUUUCCUCUCUCUCUCUCUCCCCCCCCCCCCCCCCCCCCCCCCCCGAGCUUCAUGCUGAAAAAGCUAUUUUUGAAAGUCAAAAUGACACAGCGAACGUAAAUGCUUUAAUACCAUUUUCUCUUAUCUAUUGACCUAAAAUAGAGUCACAUGCUCCCUGACUUAUUCAAUCUGUGAUAGAAUCUACAGAGGAAGCAGAAUGCCAACCUCGCAUGUCUGGCCUCUCUAGUUUUUGCCCUUGUAAAGACAGCUCCUUCCCCCAAGCCCCCAAUGGCCACCAUCAUUAGAAUCAGAAGAUGUGGCCACCGAUAAGCACUGUGAGUGGUGUGAAAGCCUAGCCCUUAAGGUAGAAGCCUGGCGUAAACCUACCGGCCUUUUUUGGGGGGUGGGUUCGCAGAGGAAAUAUACCUUUACCCCGCUACCUCCUUUAAGCAUGACUGAUUGGAAAAGUGCAGCUGAAGUGGACGUCCUUCCUUCCCAAAGGCUGUAUUGAUUUUUUUCCCUCCGGUUGGCGUUCGUUCGGUUGAGACCCAGCUAUGUGAGAGCGAGGCGGAAGAGAGAGCGAGCGAGAGAGGGAUUGUGCUCCGUUCGCCAAGAGGAAGGUACACCGACGAGCCCGGGGGUGGGCCCCCAGACGACGGUUCUACAGUUACAGACAACCAGUGCUGCCGGAGGCACGGCACAAACCUGACCUACCUGGAUCACUCCCAGAACAAUGAACCAGUCGUUACUGAUGACAGACCUGGUGCCCACUGCCAACAGCAGCCUCGCAGGCCACCCAGGCAAACCGGGGAACCACUCCUGCCCCCUGGGAUGGGGCCAGAACGAGGGGCUGGAGGCCUGCGUCCUGGAGACGGCUGUCAUCGUGCUGCUCACCGUGCUCAUCAUCGCCGGGAACCUGACGGUCAUCUUCGUGUUCCAUUGUGCCCCUCUGCUGCACCACUACACCACCAGCUACUUCAUCCAGACCAUGGCUUACGCCGACCUCCUGGUGGGCCUUAGUUGCCUGGUGCCCACCCUGUCCCUGCUGCAUUACCCGGCCGGCGUUCAGGAGCCCAUCACCUGCCAGGUGUUCAGCUACGUCAUCUCCGUUCUCAAGAGCGUCUCGAUGGCCUGCUUGGCCUGCAUCAGCGUGGACCGCUACCUUGCCAUCACCAAACCUCUGUCCUACAACCAGCUGGUGACACCGUGCCGACUGCGUGGCUGCAUCGCCCUCAUCUGGGUGUACUCCAGCCUGGUGUUCCUCCCCUCCUUCUUUGGGUGGGGCAAGCCGGGCUACCACGGGGACAUCUUUGAAUGGUGCGCCCACUCCUGGCCCACGUCGGCCCUCUUCACGGGCUUCGUGGUGUGCCUGCUGUACGCCCCCGCCGCCCUGGUCGUGUGCUUCACCUACUUUCACAUCUUCCGCAUCUGUCAGCAGCACAACCGGGAGAUCAGCGAGCGUCGGGCGCGCUUCCCCAGCCAGGAGAUGGAGGCCGGGGAGGGCGGCGGCGGUGGCGGAGGAGGAGGGAACGGCAGCGGGCACCACGGUGGCCACGGACCCGAUCGGCGCUACGCCAUGGUAUUGUUCCGCAUCACCAGCGUCUUCUACAUGCUUUGGUUGCCCUACAUCAUCUAUUUCCUGUUGGAGAGCUCCCACGUGCUGGACAGCCCUGCCCUGUCCUUCGUCACCACCUGGCUCGCCAUUAGCAACAGCUUCUGCAACUGCGUCAUCUACAGCCUGUCCAAUAGCGUGUUCCGCCUGGGCAUGCGCAGGCUCUCGCAGACGAUCUGUUCCUUCAGCCACUGUGCUGCCGACGACAGGGACUUUGGGGAGCCCAAACCCAGGAAGAGAGCUAACUCCUGCUCCAUUUGAAGGGAAGGGGUCUCAGAGGAGAUGUUUGCAUAAACCAAGAUUUGAAGGAUUAAAUCCUCAAGAAGCCGCUGGAUGUGGACACGACAGGGCUUUCCCCAAAGAGAGUGGAUUCCCACCCCGAAAGAAUUGAUUCCGUAUGAAACCAAUAACGAUAAGUUGUGCAAAAGCAUAAUUUGCAAGACAACUUGAGAGAUGAAACGGCAUAAAGAAGCAGGGAACACUUGAAGGUGUAGUGUCUGAACCACAGGAUAUUUGAGUGACAGGCUUUGAAGCUUUCGUCAUGGGUUUUAGUUGGCAAUCUAUUGUAGGUGCAUCACGUACAACCUAAUUUGUUCAUGGGUUAUCUCAGGCUUCAACGUUUACAUUUUCUGUGUCAGUCAGGUAAGACUUAGCAAAAUUACCCAGAUAAGAGUUGUAACACUGGAGAAUAAAUGAUAUUAAACUUGACCACAUGUAGGCUUUCUUCAGAUUUCGUGCUGGAUGUUGGUUUAUUGAUUAUUAGCUUACCAAUGAUGACCUAAUCCUGAAGGUCUGUAUCUUUUUGAAACUUUCCUUCAUAGGAAAGUUUUCAUUUCAUUAGCAUAGACACAGUAAUCCUCAUUUGCAUAGACAUUCCCUUGGUAUGCGGGUUCAAAUGGCUGACUAGACUUCAAGUGUUAAUGCUAUCACUUUUUACAUCAGUCAGAAUUAACAACAAAGGGCCUUAACCGGUAUGAGAAAAAGGUUUAGCUGUGUUGGCAGAGUUUUUUGUUAGCAAACACAACAUCAUUCUAAAGACUUUGGGUCAGCCCUUAAGCAAAAGUUUGUUUGUUGUCAGUUUUGUGAAACAUAAAAAAUUUGUCUGGUUAAAUUAGUCUUGUUGAAUUGUUCUAUUUAGAUGUAAACUACUUAACCUGUGUCAGUUCUCGGAUGACUGUUGAAGAGGGCAAAAUAUGGAUUUGUUCACUUAAUUUUAUACUAUGGUUGGUCAACGGAGACGUGUUCUCUAGUCUACUUAGAUUAGCCUCCUACAAUACUGUCCUCUCAACUUGUUGAAGCUAUGUGCAAAGACUGUUUCCCUUUCGGGACUUUGUUGUACAAAAUGCAGAUGGAAUGUGCAAUGAAUGCACCUUAAUGACUGCAUUUGGUAAUUUAUUAAACUGUUAAAAGUUGACCGCUGCACAGGCACAGUCACUCCAUGUUCAUGUUCUUGUACAUUCCCAGAACCAUCGGUUUUUAUAGACAACGUUGAAAAUAAUUCAUAGAUGCACACAGGUCACAGCACCAAGUUAUUGUGAGAUCCCUUUCAACUGUUGUGAUGGUGUAGGCCAUUUGUGUUUAGACCUCUAUGCCUGUACUGUAUCUUUGACUGUGUGAGAAAAGAAAAAAGAAACACAGCAAGCCGAAACCUUCUAUAUUGUGACUAUUGUACAACUUCAUGCUGCUUAACAGUUACCUGUGUAAAUCAUCCUCCCUUCUCUGCAUUACAGAUUGUUCUGUGUAUGUGCCUAAAGAUGUAUAUAUUUUUGGGGUGAAAGUAAGAAAGAAGAAGAAAAAAAAAAGAUGUCACAAUGAUUUCCAUCCUUUUCCUGAAACAGUUAUAUGGAUACACUGCACUUUUAUGACAUUUGCCGGGUUUCCCAGAUUGGUUAAGAAGCUCUUAACGCUUCUUAGGAGCGUUCUAAGAACGCUUUAGAACGC